GGGUGGGCAGAGCUGCGUGUGCGUCUGUGGCCGGGUCAACUAUAUCCAAAUGACAGCGGCUUUUACACAGAAAAUGAGAGGAAAUCAGUCGCGACGUGCCGCCGAUUUCAAAACAGGAGAAUUUUUAGAAAGUGAUCAGCUUCAUGAUUAAAAUGACUCCGAUAAACGCUCUGUUAUGAGCUGUGAGUUAAUUAAUGAGGAACACCAGCGGCAUCGAUAUGAAGAAGGAAGAGAAGGUGAUGGGGAAACGAAAUUAGGCCAAAACAAAUUAGGAACAUGAAGAAAUCAAGAACAUGGUUUUAAUACUUUGUGGAAUCUGAAUAACUUUUUUUUUGUUUUUGUUUUACAAUGCAUAAGAGAUGCAUCCGUCGGAGGUUGCCUGUCUUGAUUUUCACCUUAUUCAUCAUUCUCUACGUGGAUUUUCAAUUACGCACCAGCAACGCGCCCAAACUCUCCGUGGUCCAAGAUCCGAUCAUCUGUGUGCUCUGCCGCCCCGUCGAGCAGGCUCCCUCUGCAGCCAGCGACGCACAGGGCAGCAACAGCAGCGGCGGGAACGGUGGACACCCGGUCACCGAGGGUGCACAUGUCACCCAGCCGAAACUGAGGCAGGAGGACAUCUUCAUCGCUGUGAAGACCACCGGGAGGUUCCACAGGACGCGUCUUGCGCUACUCCUGGAGACGUGGAUCUCCAGAACCAAGGCGCAUACGUUUAUUUUCACAGACGCAGAGGAUGAGGACUUGAGUUCGGAAGGUUAUAACAUGGUGGUAACAGGCUGCCAGUCAGAUCACAGCCAGCAGGCUCUGUCCUGCAAGAUGUCUGCUGAGUACGACGGCUUCAUGGCCUCAGACAAGAGGUGGUUUUGUCAUGUGGAUGAUGAUAACUAUCUGAACCCAGAGGCCCUCCACUCCCUGCUCACAGCCUUCCCCCAGGAAGGCGACAUCUAUGUGGGCAAACCGAGCCUGGACAAGCCCAUCACUGCUCAUGAACUUCUGGAGGGCAACGCAACGAGGGAGGUGCGGUUCUGGUUUGCUACAGGAGGAGCAGGUUUCUGUCUGAGUCGGCGGCUGGCGGAGAAAAUGGCUCCAUGGGCCAGUGGCUCCCGGUUCGAGCAGACUUCGGCCACCAUCCGUCUCCCUGACGACUGCACGGUGGGAUUCAUUGUGGAGAAGAGACUCGGCAUCUCCAUGGUCCACUGUCCAUUAUUCCACUCCCACCUGGAAAACCUGCUGCUCAUCAGCCAGAGAAGCAUCCCGCAACAGGUGACACUGAGCUAUGGGAUGUUUGAGAACAAGAUGAACAGCAUUGAGGUGAAAGGAAGCUUCUCUAAGGAGGACGACCCCUCCAGGUUUAAGACUGUCCACUGCAUGUUGUAUCCUUUCACCAGCUGGUGUCCUUGAGCUCUUCGUAAAAGACUACAACUCCCAAAAACCCAUGGGACAAGACUGUUGACCCUCCGGGAUGAGGGGCUUCUCCUGGGAUUUAUAUGUCUGAAUGCAGAGAAAACUGAUGGAUUCAAUUUAAUGGAACAGCAUUGGAGGCAGAUACCAGGACUGGAGAGGCAAAGAGUGUGGAUGAAGCCUUGGACACUCACUCUUAGUCCUUCUGUGUCUGCUUGUACGAUGGAUGAGACGGACCCGUAACUGCUCAGAGCAGAGGAUAUAAAGAGAGUCUGGUCUAUGAAGUGGAAGAGGCCUUCUCUUCUUCAGAUCUGUGUCGCAAACAAACUGUUGCAUGAAGAAAAUGCUGAAAACUGAAAUUUCAGUUGUCUUUAGUGAAGCACUUAACACUGACCUGACACUUUGUGAAGUUGUUUUUGUAGAGAAAUGGACAAAAUGAAAAUGAAAUUGUGCUAAUUUUAAAAUUUUACACAGAUUUCUGUGCAGUUCGAUUUGAUUAAAACUUGAUCUGUCUUGUA